UUUUGUUUUGGUCUGCUCCACCUCCUAGCUUAGUGUAGCUUGGUGCUCUUGACUUGCUGAUAACAAUCUUUUCUGAUGGUUUUCUUUUACUGACGGACCCAGAAGAUGAAGAAGCUAUUUGAAGAUAUUAAAAAGGACAUUAAAUUUAAAUCUGCAGGACCCGGGAAGAAGUUAACCGAAGAAACAAGUAAGCCAGUCGCGGCACCGAGCAGCUCCAAGCAGAGCAGGCAUGCUCCCAGCGAAGGGGCACAGAUGGCAGGGGCCGCGGCCCUGGCCCGGAUCGAGCAGAAGCCUCGGCCUAAAGUGCACACCUCCCAGGAUGCCAUCAGGAACCAGGUGAAAAGAGAACUUGAGGCUGAGGCAGCGGCUCAGGUAGAGAAGGAAACCGCUCUCCCAGCCGAGGGAUCCAAAGUGAAAGAUCCAGCUUGCCUCUCUGUGUCCGGCGUCUACUUCACCUGCCCUCUCACUGGAGCCACGUUAACCAAGAGUCAGAGGGAAGUCCACAUUAAAGAGGCCAUUCUGAUGCGCUUUGAGGAGGAUGAUAUCGAGGCUUCUGUUAUGAUGAUCCACACAUUUAACAAAGAUAGAGAGAAAGUGAAGGCAGCUGUGGACAUCAUCAGCAAAUAUGUUGAUAAUAUAUGUAAGAAUCCAUCAGAGGAGAAGUACAGGAAGAUCAAAGUCAGCAAUAAGGUCUUCCAGGAGAAAGUGCGUCCUGUGGAGGGAAGUCGGGAGUUUUUGCAGGCUUUGGGCUUCAUAAGUGUUAUGCUUCCUGUAGACGGCCAAGAGGAGGAAGAGGAGUUUCUGGUCUUACCGGAGCAAAGUGGUGACGCCCUGGAGCUGAUGAAGGAGCGGAGAGAUCGUCUUCAGAGAGGAGAGCCAGUCAGAGCCAAACUGGACCGGCAGCCUCAGGCUUUCCGACCGUCUCCCAACGCACAGCGCUUCGAGCUGCCGUCCGACUUCUACAACCUGACCGCAGAGGAGCUAAAGAAGGAGCAGCAGCAGAGAAGUGAGUUGGUGGAGAGGAACGCCAUGCUUCGCACAAAAGCUAUGAGGGAGAAGGAGGAACAGAGGGAGAGAAGGAAAUACAACUAUACCCUGCUCCGAAUCAGACUGCCUGAUGGGAACCUGCUGCAGGCUACAUUUUAUGCCUGGGACCGCCUGCCUGCACUCUUUGAAUUCGUCCGGGAGUCGCUGGUGGACGGCUGGCAGCCGUUUGAGCUCAUCGCCCCCGGAGGUCAAAAGCUGCAAGAGUCUGAGGAAGUUUCUCUGGUAGACUCUAACCUGGUCCCCGCUGCCCUGCUGACGUUUGCCUGGGAUGCAGCCGUGCAGGCUGACAUUGCAGCUGCGGGUGGAAAGAGCCCCACCCUCCUCAAACCGGAGCUUCUGGAGAAAAUUCAAACCCUGAGCUGAGCAGAGAAGGCGCAGUCUGCCCACAAACUGUCCCCUACUACCUCCCCCUGUCCCUCACUCGCUGCUGAAGUGAACUUGCCUCUGGAGUAGUGCUGUAUUUAUUUUUACACAUUCUACUUAAAGUUAAAAGGAGAAGCUGGGGGGAACCUUCCAUUGUUGAGCUUCCCCCCUCCCCUCUCCAUGUGAGGACGCAGCCCCGUCCCACAUGCCUCAGCGGGAGGCGUGUUUGUUUGGAUCUCCAU